AUGGUUGGAGAAUGGGCCUUACCAGAAGAAAUGGUUGAUAAUUUACCACCCUCCAACAAUUGCAUAUUGGGCCAUGUGAUUCACAGACUAAUUGAAAGUUCUCUUCCUUCUCAAGUUGAAUCAACAGUACCUGAGUUACCUUCAUUUGUUAUAAAAGGAUGCGUGUUGGGGAAAACAUUUAGUGGAAAAACUACUGCUCUAAAGUCUCUAGAGAAAAGCUUUCCUAUUCAGGUACUUUCUAUUGACACUCUCGUCCAAGAAGCGAUCCAAGCAUUUCACAACAAUGAGAAGAUCAGCGGAGCCCUUCAGAAAGCAGCCGAAGAAAAGGCUCUACCAGUUAGGCAAGAGAGUAGUAAAGAAAGCCAGGAUCUGCAAAAUGUAUUUUCAGCUGAAGCAUUACCAGAAACAGAAGGUACCAAUACUAGAAAAACACCAAAAGCUGAAGAAGUCGUAGCAAGUGAUAGUUUCUCUGAACUCACUGUGCGUGCUCAGCUUGGUGCAAAAUCAGAAAAGUUGCUGAAGACAGGAAAGAGCGUAUCUGAUACGUUGCUAGUCAGCAUCCUGGUACAUGCUGUUAAUCAGAUACCUAUAUAUAAAGGCUGGGUCCUGGAUGGCUUUCCAAUGACAUUAAACCAAGCGAAGCUUCUGGAGGAAGCACUCACAGGCUGCAACAGAAACCUCAUAGAACUGGAGGGAAAGAAAUCGCAAAUAUCCACAUUGGCUGUUGACCCUACAACUUCCAGAGAAGUGCCUCUUCCCCCUUCUGCAUUUGAUUUUGUCAUGUUAUUAGAUAUUUCAGAUAAUUCCUCACUGAAUCGCAUGAAUGACGUCAUGGCUGAAGCAUUUUCAAGUGAAACUCCUCAUGAAGACAUCAAUCAACGUGUAGCUGCUAAAAACCAAGAUGUGGAUGAAGACCAGAAUUUAAGAGAUCAAAUACAGCAUAGAAUUGUCGGCUUCUUGGACAACUGGCCUUUAUUGGAGCAAUGGUUUACAGAGCCAGAAAACAUUUUGAUAAAAAUUAAUGCCGACAUAGAUAAACAGUCUUUGUGCCAAAAAGUAAAGGAAAUGUUUAUGACUGAAAUAAUGAAAAAAGAGAAUAAAGUGAAAAAGAAAUUAGAAGAAAAGGAAGCUGAGGAAAAAGAAGAAGUUUCCCCAACUGAGGCUACAUCACCUCUCCCUCCUCCCCCUCCUCCUCCUGAACCAGAAAAAGAGAAGGAAGUCCACCCUCAGCGUGAGCGUUCCAAAACUCCUGCUGCAAAAGGAAAACCAGCAUCAGAAACCCCGCAUGGUAAUCGAGAAUCUCUUCAGGAAGGAAAAGAGAAGAAAAGUGAAACUUCACUCAAAAGAAAAGGUUCUCCCAGAGGAAAAUCUCCAGGAGGGAAAGUUCCAGUAAAGAAAUCACCUGCUGACUCUACAGAUGUGUCACCUGCUCCAGCAGGACCACCCCCAUCUAAGCCAGGAUCAGAAGAAUGGGUGUAUGUGAAUGAACCUAUUCCUGAGGAAAUACCGUCAUUUUUAGUACCUUACUGGAAACUGAUAGAAAAUUCCUAUAUAAAUUCCAUCAAAACAGUACUCAGGCACCUGAGAGAAGGCCAGCAUACAGUGAUUGCUUACUUAUAUGAUAUUAGAACAGGUUUCCAGCAGUUUCUAAGGUGUCCGGACCACAAGCAAGAUUUUGUAUCUCAGUGGCAGGCUGAUUUCAACUCUCUUCCUGAUGACCUGUGGGAUGAUGAGGAAACGAAGGCUGAACUACACCAAAGAGUGAAUGAUUUACGGGACCGCCUGUGGGACAUCUGUGAUACCCGCAAGGAAGAGGCAGAGCAGGAGCGUCUGGGCAUCAUUAACGAGAGCUGGUUGCAGGACUCGAUCGGAAUCGCGAUGAACCAUUUCUUCUCACUGAUGCAGGCAGAACUGAACCGUUUCCAAGAUACGAAGAGACUGCUUCAAGAUUAUUACAGAGGAAUGGAGUGUAAAAUCCCAACAGAUGACACUAAGAGAUUUACUCGAGUCCCAUUGGUCCAACUGGAUAGUAAAGAUAUUUUGGAAUUCCAGCUUAGAAUUCCCCUAGUUCCUCAAAGACCCAGUUCUCCAGAGUCAGCUUUAUCCAAACCAAAAAGAAAAGCCAUACUGAAGGGCAAGAUCGAUUACUCACUGGAAAACAUAGAGUUAAACUUUGAGGCCGAUGAGAAGAUAGUGAUGGACACGUGGCAGCAGUCUUCUUUAGCAAUAUCUCACAUGGUGGCUGCUGAAAUUCAUCAGAGACUCAUGGAAGAAGAAAAAGAAAACCAGCCAGCAGACGCAAAAGAAAAACCUCCUCAGGUAGCUGCAAAUAAAAAAGUGAAAAAGGAGCCACCCAAGAAAAAAAAAGAGGACAAAAAAGGAAAAGGUAAAUCCCCACCUAUGGCAGAAACCACUCCUGUAAUAGUAACAGCAGAGGAGGCUGAAGAAAUGGAAAUAAAAAACAAACUGAGGCUCAGAAUAAAGGAAGAGCAUCUUGCUGCCCUGCAAUUUGAAGAGAUAGCUACACAGUUCAGACUUGAACUGAUCAAGGUAAAAGCAUUGGCUUUCCUGGAAGAGUUAGUAACAAAGGCAGUUGAUGUAUAUAAACUCAUGGAAAAGUGGCUCGGUGAGAGGUACUUGAAUGAAAUGGCCAGUGUGAAAAAAUUAACUGAGGUAGCUCGCUAUCACAUUGAAACAUCAACCAAAAUUCAGAAUGCACUUUAUUUAGACCAAGAAGACUUCUGCAUUAAUGGCGAUAUAAAAGUCUUUCCAGACCUGUCUCCUCCGAUACGCCCUCCACCUGCAGAAAGGGAAGAAAAUGGCACCCUGACCAUCGAACGGCUUGGCAAUCUUCGGGAUCAGUUCUUAGAGAUAGCACCCCAAGGCAUAAUAGGAAACAAAGCAUUUGCUGACAUUCUGCUGGAUUUGGUAACCCUGAACCUUGGAACAAACAACUUUCCUAGUAGUUGGAUGAACCUCACUCAACCUGAAUUGCAGGAGUUAACGUCUUUAUUGGUAACAAACUCGGAGUUCGUGGACUGGCGGAAAUUCUUGUUAGUAGUUGCGCUGCCUUGGCCCAUUCCUCUGGAGGAGGAGCUCUUGGAGACCCUGCAGAGGUUCCAGGCUGUGGAUGAGGAGCACCUGGGCACAGUCACUUUCGAGCAGUAUAUGCAGGCUGGUCUGUGGUUUACAGGAGAUGAAGAUAUAAAAAUUCCAGAAAAUCCCCUUGAACCUCUGCCAUUCAAUAGGCAGGAGCAUCUUAUAGAGUUUUUCUUUAGAUUAUUUGCUGACUGUGAGAAGGACCCACCUCAGCUUGACUACACACAGAUGCUGCUUUAUUUUGCUAGCCAUCCAGACAGUGUGGAAGGGGUCUACAGGGCCCUCAGUGUGGCCACUGGGACUCAUGUCUUCCAGCCAAUUGAAAUGCCUCCUCUUGCUGCAGAAAAGACCUCCUCCUUUACUGAUAUGAGUCCCACUGAGGAAUAUCCUGAACUUGAGGACAAUUUUAUAAGUGAAGAAAGGGAAUUACAAGAGGAAGGGAAGGCAAAGGAAGAAGAAAUCUCUGAAAAUGCGAACACGGAAAUGAUUUCCAUGGAAACACUACUCAAAGUGUUCCGAGGAGCAAACGAAGCACAGGAUGCUAACAGAUUUGCCAGCCACCAAAAGACAGAGACCACGUAUUCAGAGAACUUCAUAAAAGUAUUUCAGGACCUAGGUUCCAAGAAUCUGGAGCCAAUUGAAGUUGCUGUUCUUCUGAAGCAUCCUUUUAUUCAAGAUCUGAUUUCAAGUUAUCCAGACUAUAAAAUCCCUGUGAGUAUUACCCCAGUGUCCUAA